UGUUACGGUGUCGCCUUUUCCCGGAAGUGUGUAACAGCUCGAGGAAGCGUCGCUGUUUCGCUCUGUGUGCUGGGCUCCUUAUCUGUCUUCCGCCAUCCCUCUUCCAGGACAGUCAUCCCAGCCCUUCCUUCUUGGUUGCCACUCUGCUCUUCCUAGAGGGAACUCGCAUAACCUCUCUGCUGGGAGCAGCCUUGCCAGAGGAGCAUCCUCAUUCCUACAGUCCUCUCACUGUUCCUCAGGAGCUGGCUCUCCAGCAGAGAGACAUCAUCUGAUUAAAUAAUCUGCAGCAGCAGAGGAGUCCUUUGUAGAAUAUUGGUGACUGGAAGGCUGAAUUUGUUGUCAUGAUAGUGACAGCAGGUUGUUGCAGUAUGACCUUCCACUAACCUUUCGGAAGAAGCAAGUCUUCACCAGCUGUUACCCAUGUGCAUACUUUUCUUCAAGUUUGAUCCUCGUCCAGUUUCAAAAAAUGCAUACAGACUUAUCCUAGCAGCUAAUAGAGAUGAAUUUUACAACAGGCCAUCAAAAUCAGCAGACUUUUGGGAUAGCAGCAAUGAGAUCCUUAGUGGUUUGGAUAUGGAGGAAGGAAAAGAAGGCGGGACGUGGCUUGGAAUCAGUAAGAAAGGCAAGAUGGCUGCCUUGACAAACUACUUGCAGCCAAAGAUUGAUACAAAUGCAAAGGGAAGAGGUGCACUUGUAAGAAACUUCUUGACUACAGAUCUGGACAGCUUCUCUUACUUGAAGAAAGUUUCAUCAGAAGGACACCUUUACAAUGGAUUUAAUUUAAUAACAGCCGACUUGAGCACCGCCAAGGGAGAUGUAAUUUGCUACUAUGGAAAUAAAGGAGAACCAGAACCUAUCUUCCUAAAUGCUGGAAUCUAUGGAUUGAGUAAUUCUCUGUUGGACACUCCAUGGAAGAAACUUCAGUAUGGAAAGCAGCUUUUCACAGAGGUGAUCAAGCAAAGUCAGGACCUUGCCAAAGAAGACCUGGUGCAGGAGCUCAUUAAAGUGCUGAAUAAUCAAGACCCUCAGCUACCGGAUCCUGCAUUGGAGGAUCAAGGAAAGGAGCAUGUGCAACAUGUACUGAACGAAUAUGCUGCUUUGUGUGUUCGUUGCCCUGGAUAUGGAACAAGGACUAACACAGUCAUUCUCAUUGAUGCAGAAGGACAUGUAACUUUCACAGAGCGCACCAUGCUCAAUGCAGAUAUCAGCCAAUGGAAAACAAGCACCUAUCAAUUCAAACUGGAAACUUAACAACUUUCCAUUUGAAUGGAUCAUGAUAAAAGAAACGAGAACAAGCCAUUGAACUCCACUGAAGGCUUUGUACCAGUCUCCAGCACCCAGAGAUGGAAAGGAAAGCUUAUUAAAUCCAUAGCAUACCCUAGAAACUACCAAAAUCUUUUGCACAAAACCAAGGAAAGAGGUUUUUACAGUAAAAUUUUGGCUGGAUUAAAAAUGUGUUGCUUCUUGUGCAAGUCUUUGUUUUAAGUUUAAAGGGACACAGUUUAUUUUCUAGGCAUGAUUUUUAAACUAUAUUGUUAAUAUCUAGGGGAUUGGUCCUACAAGCUAUUGAGUGUUUCUUACCAGGUGCUAAGUGUCCUUAGCUCCUUUUGAUUUCAAUCAGAGCUGAAGGUAUGCAGCACUUGGGAAGAUCAGGUCCUAUGUUGUUAAAGUUCAAAGAUUUUCAGAAUCUAACUUAAACCUUCAGAGUCAAUUGUGAUAACUUUUCGCACUUCACUCCACUUGGACAAAGACAAACUAGUCAGAUGCACAUUUAUUUAUGAUUGAUUUCUAGUCACUUUGUGAACUGGCACAACUAUGUAAUGUGACUUCUGGAAGUGAUCCCUAGGAAUGGUAGUUAUGUGAAUUAUAAAAAAAAAAAUUCUAUUGGAAUUUUACAAAAAAACAUUUCUAUUGAUCUUAGAACAUAAAGUUUUUAGAAAAUCUGUGCCUGCCUUUUCAACAUAUGUUUGUAGGGCAGAGGUGGGCAAACUUUUUGGCCCAAGGGCCACAUCGGGAUUGCACAACUAUAUGGAGGGCCGGGUAGGG